CAACCACCCCUGCCCUGACAUCAGAGGCAGCAGCACAGUGUUGCCUGGGGGACUGUAAUCAGUUCUUUCUCACUCUCAGGACACCCACAUUUAUUAGCCACCUUUUUAUGGGUACAUUUAUUGGGUACUGUGGAAGAAUAUAGAGGGUAAAAGACUUGAUUCCUGUUCUCAAACGAUUUAGUCUAGUAAGGGAAGAGAAAAAUCCAAGAUGGAAAUUGUUCUUCAUGGUUAGCUAGAAUCACCCUCCAGCUUUAGGAAAAGUCUGUUUCUGCAGUUCAGCCAUUAGGAGACGAGGAACCGCCACUGUUGCAGAACAUGUGGCGUCUAGAAAGACAUGAGCAGCUUGAACCACCCUGCACCUCACCGUGAGAUUAAGGUGGCCCAAAGUGGGGCUUGCUAGGGGCAAGACCAAAUAUUUCUACUGCCCUCUUUGGUGAAGUAGGGAGCUGUCCUCUCCUCAGUCUGACUCAUUGACCAGAUAAUUCAGCUGGGAAUUUUCUAUUCGACUCUGCACAAGUGUGGAUACAUUCUUGGUGCUGGUACCUUGCUCUACAAUCUUCAGAACUCAUCCUUACCUAAUGUCCUUGUAUGAAGUGCUUGAUGAACACUAUUGAGCAUCCCCCCUACCCCCAGUUCUCUUCCUGCCCAGAAAUUAGGCUGGGGAGGGAUCUGUCUUGGUUGGCCAAAGGAGGUGGAGACUGCCGGGGACAGAUUACCCAAUAAGCAAGGUAAGCACGGGUUUUCUUGUGUUUACUAAUCUGUAGCCCACGAUUACACCUGUUUUUCACAUCGUUGAUGUGAUGAAAUGCAUGUGAAAUUGUUCACUGCAGAUGAGUAAGUAAACACAAUUAAGCCCGUGUGUACCUUGCUUACCGGUUAAUCUGCCCCUGCUAAGACCGCACCACUUAACUCUGUACUGUGAGCCUUCCUGUACCUGGCCCUGAAUAUUUAGCAGUGAAUCGAAAAGUCACAGCCCCUGCCCUUCUAGAUCUUACACAUUGAAAAACCCGUUGCCGUCGAGUCAUAGUGACCCUACCAGUAGGAAAGAUACAUGCAAAAUCAUAAAUGCAAGGGUUGCCAAAGAAGUACUGGUGACACAGGACUAUGUGAUACAGGAUUUUAUGGAAAUAGGGCAGUGGAUCUGGGGAAAUGCAGUGUUUGGGCUGAAGCCAGAAACAGAGCAAGCGUCAAGGUAAGAUAAAAAGUCUUCUGGGCAAAGGGUACAGAAUGUUCAAGGCCCGGGGGCGGCGAACACCCAGCAUGCUCCAGGAACUGAGCGGCAGGGUGACUGGAGAGUACAGGGGGCAGGGUGGUGACAGAUGAAACUGCAUGAAGCCGCCGCAGUGCAACUCCUUGCAGAAAGCUUUCCGAAAUUAACCCUACUCCGCCUUGUCCGUCUGGCCCCCUGACGGGCCCUCUUGGAUCGGACAGAGCCUUCUCCUGAGUUGCAGCUUCAGGAGCGACUUCUGGGGGCAGGUGAACAGCGAGGAAUCUGUUCCAUGGCCCCUUGUUGAGACCUUAGAGUCGUACUACGUACAGCUCUCUCCCAGACUGCCAGCCUCAGCAAAACUGGCGGCGCAAACCGAGACCCGGACCGUGCAGGUGCAACUCUCGGCAGUUCGGGGCUGUCAAGCUCCGUGACAAGAAAAACUACACUCCCCACAACCCCCUGCGCCUCCGGCUCGCUGCGGUUGCUUAUGGCCAAUCGGAAGCGACAGCUGUGGCGGGGGCCGAGGAGGGACAUUUUAAAAGGGCCGGAGAUUGCGGGCGUCAUUGGCCAUGGCGGAUACAGCGACUACAGCAUCGGCGGCGGCUGCUAGUGCCGCGAACGCCUCGACCGAUGCACCUCCUUUCCAGCUGGGCAAGCCCCGUUUUCAGCAGACUUCCUUCUAUGGCCGCUUUAGGCACUUCUUGGAUAUCAUUGACCCUCGCACACUCUUUGUCACUGAGAGACGUCUCAGAGAGGCUGUGCAGCUGCUGGAGGACUACAAGCAUGGGACCCUGCGCCCUGGGGUCACCAAUGAACAGCUCUGGAGCGCUCAGAAAAUCAAGCAGGCUAUCCUGCAUCCGGACACUAAUGAGAAGAUCUUCAUGCCUUUUAGAAUGUCAGGUUACAUUCCUUUUGGGACCCCAAUUGUGGUUGGUCUUCUCUUGCCCAACCAGACACUGGCCUCUACUGUCUUCUGGCAGUGGCUGAACCAGAGUCACAAUGCUUGUGUCAACUAUGCAAACCGCAAUGCUACCAAGCCUUCACCCACAUCCAAGUUCAUCCAGGGCUACUUGGGAGCUGUCAUCAGUGCCGUCUCAAUUGCAGUGGGCCUUAACGUCCUGGUUCAAAAAGCCAACAAGUUUACCCCGGCCACUCGCCUUCUCGUUCAGAGAUUCGUGCCAUUCCCUGCUGUAGGACAGCUCUCCUGCAGGCGCGCCCCCGGCUGCUUCUCCCUGUGCAAAGCCUCGUGUGCCUGGCAGCCUUCGGCCUGGCCCUGCCACUGGCCAUCAGCCUCUUCCCGCAGAUGUCAGAGAUCGAAACAUCCCAACUGGAGCCUGAAAUUGCCCAGGCCACGAGCAGCCGGACAGUGGUGUACAACAAGGGGCUGUGAGUGGUGGCAAGCCUGGGACGGAGCAUCAUCUGGGCUGGGGAGGUGGGGGACAGGGAAGGAGUCUCGCAGGGCUGCACUGGCAGGAAGCAUGCAGACACCCCCAGCCCUGGGCCGUCCCGCUGGCACUGUACCCACCGUGAUAGAGAAACUAAUACAUUCACACUUUAACGUAGGGGAGAGGAAUCCUGACACAUUUCCUGUAAAACUUAAGUGCAUUUCUGGGCCUUACAUGGGGUUGUCACAACCCUAUUCAGCACAAUUAUGUGUAAAGCUGAAAACUCGUAGAGUGCCCACUGGGUAGAAUUAGAAUUCUUUUAUACUUUGGUUUCUUUUUUAUUUUUUAUCAGAAUCAAGCCGUAGCCUGGCUUUUGGCUGCCCAGAAGAGAUCUUGGACAGGUGGUAGGAGCAGGGGUAGGCCUGGGGGUUGGGUUGCUUUGGCACCAGGCUAGUAGAUUUAGGAUUUUAAGGUGGCUGGGAGAGGAGAGGCAGUCUGCGCCCGGGAGGAUCAGCCAGCCAGGACUAAGGUCCUCGGGAAGGGGUCCAGGAGUCAAGAAGCACUGAAGAAGGCACCUGAGGCUCCUUGGACAGCUGGCUCUGAGUGUGGCCAGCGCCAUCCCUGCUGCAGCUGCAGAACCAGCCUUUCUGAAUGAAACCUGUGAUACACUGGGGCUGGGGCCAACCUUCAUGGAACCCUGGCUAAUGUGGGGGCCCCCUGAGAUGACCCCAGCUCCAGGCAGGAGCCCUAGGAAGGAAUAAUGCUUGUGGAAACAUGUGCCUGUACUCCAGCCUCCAGCGGAAGCUCCUCCUUGGAGACAGCAGGCUGCAGCCAUACUGGAGCUGGGCAGUGGGGCUGGAGCUGGGCUGACGGCUGCCAGAGGAGCCUCUCUAGCACUGAGGCUGCUGCCCCCUCCCCACCUUUUCCUGAGCAGGGGGGCCUUGUGCCUGAGAGUGUGGAGGCCAGAACUCUAGGUACUAUCUGAGAGGCAGCACCAACCCAGGAACGGACAGGCCCCAGCUCGGGCACUAGUGGGUUGUGUGGCCUUGGACAAGUCCACUCCCUUCUCUGUGCCUCCACUCCCUGUUUGGAACCAGAGGACUGGAUUGAGGGGGUUUUUUCGGCUCUUCCAGCUUAACCACAUCUUUGCCUGUCCAGCACCAAUGCUAGCCCUCCCAGGGCACUUCAGUGUGGACACUGGACAGGCCCCUUUGGACACAGCCAGCAGCUGGCCUUGGAACCUAGACCUUGCCCUUUGGUACAUGUUCCCACAUCCCUGGAGAUGUUGACCUUUGCCAAACACUUUAUAAUUUUGGAGGAAGAGGCAGACAAGGAUGUGUGGGGCCAUACCGCAUGCCACCUGUCACCCUGCACUGGCUCCCAGAGGCCCCUCGCUGCUGGCCCCCAUUUCCUUCCCAUCUGUGGGCCAGGAGAGAGGGGAGAGCUCUACAGAGGGAAGUAGGGGGUGGGGUCAGGGUGAGUGGGGUGACUCCCUCGUCUGAAAGGUGCAGGUGAAGAGGAAGCACUGGCCUCAAUGUGUACCCUUCACUAGACGCAACUGGAAAGGGGGGCUCAGCAAGUAGCCCCAGGGCUUCCCCUGCUCUGACUCUGCGGGGGGCCUUGGGAUCCCCAGCCCAGAUGGUGAAUACAUGCCAUACAAGAAAAGGGGCUGGUGCAGGGCAGCAAGGGGUGGCCCCAGGAGGCCUUUUCACCACCCUGAAGGUAGGAGCUGAUUUGGUGAGGAGGGUCUUCUGUGGGCACUGGAACUCUCAGCCAGCCCCCAGUGUGCACCAGCUUGCACUGUAGGAAGUUGCCCUGUAGGGCACCCACUAUCCGGAGGAGCAGCCACCGACCUGCCCAUCAGGAAGGGGAGAAGGCAGAGACAAGCCUGGAGGGCAAGGCAGCAGGGGAAAGGGGAGGGGUGCCAUGGUGUGGGAAGAGCAGGUAUUUUUGAUCCAAUCCCGCCAUAAUGUGAGUGUGCCAAUUACUGAGGGCUGUGCUCAUCUCUGGGCCUGGGCUGGGGGCUGGACAUGCCUGGGUCCUCUUCUGAACCGCUUGCUUUGCGCUCCCCCUGCCCCCACUUCCCAUAGGCUCUUGUUCUUGUACACUUUACCUUGGGACCAAAACUGCCUGCCCAGCCCCACUCCCUCCUGCUCCAGAGGCCUCAUGGUCUUGUUCCCUAUUUGUUUUGUCCCCUGGAUGAUUUCUGAUCAUGCUCCCAAAUGCAGUUUCAGGUGAGCUAAGGCAGCUCCUCUUGUGAGGGUAAGGGGGCAAUGGAUCCUUACAGUUCAGGGUGACAGCGACAGGGGGACAGUGAGCCAUGCUGCUAAGCCCAGGUCUGGCUGCAGAAAAACCCAUGAGAAAACUUUCGGCCAACACUCAUCCCACCAUUCUGCUGGGGCCAGAGGAAGGGAUGCCUGGUGGGCAGAUUGGUUCAUGGCUGGGGAGGGGUUGAGCAUGGAUCCAUUCAGUGCAGAGCUGGCCCAGCUGUGCCAGAAUGCUGGCCUCCAGCCCUGCUGUACUUGCCCAGCCCACCCCUGGCCACUUCAAACAUUCUGUCAGGCUUGCGGAGGCCCUUUUCCCCAUUUUCUAAGAGCAGAAGACCAAGAUGCCAAUGUAGCUGCUGAAUCAAGGUGACCAACAGGCCCCCUUCCCGCUCCCUGAUCUAGAGCCGGCUUGCUUCCUGUCCUGGGCCUCUGGCCUGGGAGAAGGGUGGGCAUCCAGAAGUGGUCUUCCAACCCUGGGGAGUGUGAGUGAACAGCCAAUACAUGCCUCCGCCACAUCCAGGGGAGUUUGCUGAGAGCACAGUAUCUUUUUAACCUCAGAAAAUUUCUCAAUCUCUGUGAUUUAUGUGAUACUAAUGAGCUGUGGGCAAUAAAUGAAGGAUUUAAA